CUUCCGGGAAACCUGACUGAUGGAUCACGUGACGCAACCGCAGUAGCCCCACCCACAUCACGUGACUAAGAAAUCUGGCUAAUCUGCCGAUUUUCAGUUACCAUGGUAACUGCACAGGGUCUCUGUGCCUCAUGCGUGCUACCGGUGAGGAACUUCACUCUGAAGGUCUCUCCUCCACCUCCCUGUUGGAUGUGUCCUCCUUAUCCCACCUAGAAACACUGGACUCUGCAGAGCAUGGGGGUGAGGGAUACCAAGAGCCAGAUAUUCUCCAGGGACUUUUCCAUGAAUCUCAUGGCUCUGGUUUCUCCAGCCAAGAGACUGAAGAGUCCACCAUACUCCAAUCCCCACAGUACUUCUGGGAAGAGGAAGGAAAGAGGAUGAAUGUGAGCAAGGAGAACACCAGCUGGACACACACAGAUUAUCCAGUGCCCAAGAGCAGCCAUGGCACCAUGCAAGAGGGAAUUCUGGAAAGGAAUUUGACCCCAAAAGAAACUCAAGAGACAUCUACAAAAUGGUGGUCCAAGGACACAAGAGAAACAAUCAGAGGAGAAGUGUCUUCAACUACCCAGGCUGUGGUUGAGGAGGGAACCAUACAACCAUCAACACAGAAUGAGAUGGCCGUUCAGAAUCUAGGUUACAAGGAAAAGUCUAUGUUCAAGACUAUAUCAACUGCUCCAACCUCACCAAUGACCAAGAUACCUAAAAAGUCCACUACACAUUCACCAUCUUGGAAGCACCAACCCAACUUUAAUGUAGGUUCUAAGCAACAGCUUGGACCUCCUGUUGGCUCACAUGGCGUUCCUGCUGGGGAUUCACCUGGACUAAAUGAUGAGGAUGAUGAAGAUCUGCUAACCCACUCUUCUGAUGUUAGCCAGAGGCAAGAAGAGACCAUUUUUCCAAAGCAUGUCCUUACUGAGAAUCAUGAAACCACUUCACAGACAGUGGCACCUACUGAUGUAUCAUGGGGUUCAGAGCAGGUGAUCUGCAAGGACUGGAUCAACCUGGCAGGCAAAAACUAUGUUAUACUCAACAUGUCUGAUGAUAUUGAUUGUGAGCAAUUCCGCUGGCAGAAAGGACAGCAGCUUCUGUCACUGCUGGGAGCGGCAUUAUCAUGGAGAACAGAAUCUCUGCAGAGGGACUGGGUAAUAGCCCUGAGCAAACCUAACGACAAUGACAAUCAUCUGCUAAUGACAAUCACAGAAGAGCAACAUGCGAUCCCGAUUAAAGACGUUUUCACAGCACUGGGAGAUAUUAAACGUAAUCUGGCAGAGAUUGGGAUUGAGAGUUAUUCUAGCACAGCUGACUGCCAGUUACGCCCUAACCAGCCUCGUAGCGACUACGGCAAACUCUUCAUUGUCUUAGUAAUUAUCGGUUCUAUCUGUGUGAUGAUCAUCAUUGGUGGAGUUGUAUACAUCUGCUGGCAGAGACGCCUACCCAAGCUGAAGAGCAUGGAGCUGCAUUUUGUGGAGAACGGUUGCCAUGACAAUCCUACCCUUGAUGUGGCGAUGGAUGGCCAGGCUGAGAUGCAGGAGAAGAAACCAAGCCUUAAUGGAGGAACAUCCCACCCGGCAGAUGGCUGGGAGAACCUGAUAAACAGCGGGGCCAAGGAAGAGUGUGACCCCACAGAGGAAGACACCCACCUGUAGAUCUUCGUGAAAUCAGCAGCCCAAGAGGGAUUCAAAAGAGAGGCGCUACUGUGCUCAGUGGUUUGUCUGAGUGUACAAAAUGUGUUGGACUCUAUGGCAACAUUAUACAGUGCACUAACCUUAACUGUGGUUCUUGCUGCUAAUCAGAUAGUAGUUUACAGCUUGUGUAGCAAUGAGGCUGUAGAACUGCAGGAGAUUUCUUUGUUCAUUACCCAAACACAAACACAUUUACACGCACAUAUAUACAUGCAUACAUACAUACACACACACAUGCAUACAUACAUACACACACACAUGCAUACAUACAUACACACACACAUGCAUACAUACAUACACACACACACAUAUACAUGCAUACAUACAUACACACACACAUGCAUGCAUACAUACACACACAUAUACAUGACUACAUACAUACAUACACAAACACAUACAUACACAUAUACAUGCAUACAUACAUACACACACAAACACAUAAACAUACAUACACACAUACACAUAUACAUGCAUACACUAACACACACAUAUACAUAUACAUGCAUACACUAACACACACAUGCAUGCACUAACACACACAUAUACAUGCAUACACUUACACACACAUAUACAUGCAUACAUACAUACACACACAAACACAUAAACAUACAUACACACAUACACAUAUACAUGCAUACACUAACACACACAUGCAUACACUUACACACACAUAUACAUGCAUACACUAACACAUACAUAGACAUAUACAUGCAUACACUAACACAUACAUACACAUAUACAUGCAUACACUGACACAUACAUGCAUACACACAUACAAACAUAUACAUGCAUACAUACACACACAAAUACAUAUACAUGCAUACACUAACACACACAUAUACAUAUACAUGCAUACACUAACACAUAAAUGCAUACACACAUAAAAACAUAUAUACAUGCAUACACUAACACAUGCAUACACAUAUACAUGUAUACACUAGCACACACAUACACUAACAUACACAUAUACAUGCAUACACUAACACGUACAUACACAUAUACAUGCAUACACUAACACACACAUACAUAUAUACAUGCAUACACUAACACACACAUACACAUGCAUACACUAACACACACAUACACAUACAUGCAUACACACAUAAAAACAUAUAUACGUGCAUACAUACACACACAAACACAUAUACAUGCAUACACUAACACAUACAUACACACAUAAAAACAUAUAUACGUGCAUACAUACACACACAAACACAUAUACAUGCAUACACUAACACAUACAUGCAUACACACAUAAAAACAUAUACGUGCAUACAUACACACACAAACACAUAUACAUGCAUACACUAACACAUACAUACACAUAUACAUGCAUACACUAACACACACAUACACAUAUACAUGCAUACACUAACACAUACAUACACAUAUACAUGCAUACACUAACACACACAUAUACAUGCAUACACUAACACAUACAUACACAUAUACAUGCAUACACUAACACACACAUAUACAUGCAUACACUAACACACACAUACACAUAUACAUGCAUACACUAACACAUACAUACACAUAUACAUGCAUACACUAACACACACAUAUACAUGCAUACACUAACACAUACAUACACAUAUACAUGCAUACACUAACACACACAUAUACAUGCAUACACUAACACAUACAUACACAUAUACAUGCAUACACUAACACACACACAUAUACAUGCAUACACUAACACAUACAUACACAUAUACAUGCAUACACUAACACACACAUAUACAUGCAUAAACUAACACAUACAUACACAUAUACAUGCAUACACUAACACAUACAUACACAUAUACAUGCAUACACUAACACACACAUAUACAUGCAUACACUAACACACACAUACACAUAUACAUGCAUACACUAACACACACAUAUACAUGCAUACACUAACACACACAUAUACAUGCAUACACUAACACACACAUACACACAUAUACAUGCAUACACUAACACACACAUACACAUAUACAUGCAUACACUAACACACACAUAUACAUGCAUACACUAACACACACAUACACAUAUACAUGCAUACACUAACACACACAUUUACAUGCAUACACUAACACACACAUACACAUAUACAUGCAUACACUAACACAUAGAUACACAUAUACAUGCAUACACUAACACACACAUAUACAUGCAUACACUAACACAUACAUACACAUAUACAUGCAUACACUAACACAUACAUACACAUAUACAUGCAUACACUAACACACUUAUACAUGCAUACACUAACACACACAUAUAUACAUGCAUGCACUAACACAUACAUACACAUAUACAUGCAUACACUAACACACUUAUACAUGCAUACACUAACACACACAUAUAUACAUGCAUGCACUAACACAUACAUACACAUAUACAUGCAUACACUAACACAUACAUACACAUAUACAUGCAUACACUAACACACUUAUACAUGCAUACACUAACACACACAUAUAUACAUGCAUGCACUAACACAUACAUACACAUAUACAUGCAUACACUAACACAUACAUACACAUAUACAUGCAUACACUAACACACACAUACAUGCAUACUACACACAACUCUCUUUCUUCUUAUCAGCCUCAUUGUUUAGUUUACAGCUAUAUGUUAGACACCUUUUCCCCUAAUUCUUUCUGUGAACAAGCAGAAUCCUUUAUUAUACUGAUGUGGUCUGAAUUCCUCAACGGAACCUUUUAUUAACCUUUACCAGAGAUACUGAAAAUGCACAAUUUGGUAUCAUGUCAGGGGCCCAGUGCCAGGCUCGGUGGCAUCAUGUGCUGUGCUAGUUACCCAUAAUGUAACAUACCUGACCCCUGCAAGAUAAUAUCCAGUAACAAGUCGUUGUCAUAAACACAAAGCAGAUCUACUAACCUUGCAUUAAAUGGCUGGUGCAUAUGACCGUAAUGUACUAAAUGUAACAGAAAGCAUUGGCAUUCAAUGGCAGAGAUACAGGCAUGUUGCACAUACGUACACUACAUUCUGUAUAAAACACCUUGCCAUUUGCGCUGCAGCUCUGCAGUGGGCACUGGAUCAAUGACCUUGUGUUUAAAUAAAGCAGCAGUGCGUGGUGUUGCUCUAUAUUGCAUUACUAGCGAUAAAACAUGAUUAUUACCUAUAAAUCACUAGCAGCCGCUGGCUGAAAAGCUUGCACUCUGGGUGAUGUUACAGUAUUGUUAUAUAGAUGGGAUCUGUGUGUGUAGCCAGAGCUUCUAUGUGUUUUCACAGCUUUUUAGUGUUGGCCGUUUUUUAAUGUCCAUGCUUAGUUUGUGGUGGCUUAUACAGAGCCACCACCAAACAACCCACCUGCCUAAUGUCAGUAGCAGGUCGCACUGCAGCCUGUUUCAUAGCAAAAAUAAAUAAAAUCCCUGUCUCUCACUGGCUCACCAGUAAUAAUUUACUGUGCUGUAGAUUCAGUCAAAUUAAAACUGAAAUUGA